AUGUCCAGAAAGAGAGAAGAUUUGGUAGUACCAUACCACCACGUUCCAGCUAAGGCCAGAAACGAUGCUGGUAGCAUGAUCUCCCAGACACUUCCAAUGGCAGCCAUGUUCAUGAGAAACAAGCUUAUGUCGUGGUGUGCUGUGUUUUUGGCUCUCCAGGCCUACUUGACUGAGCCAAUUAACAAGCCAGAGGAUGAUGCCCAGGCCGGUUCUCAGCCUCCAUUGUUGAGAUUUGUGUUUGCCUUGGUCUCCUUGCUGACCUGUUACCUUGACCUUUUCUUCCCAAGCACCAACCCAGCUAUCAAGAAGAGUGCUCUUUCCAAGGCUACUGAGACUGUGUCUUCGAUUGUGUCGGAGGCUACCAGCUGA